UAGAGCCAUACGUGACAUUAAUUUGUUGCCAACGAAUGCUGUUAACUUGAGUAUAACUUCAUCAUUUGAAGUAUUCGCCUUUAUUUUGCCGGCGAGGUCAGAGGCGAUAGAAAAACUACCUGUUACAGCUUCUUUGCACUCGACAGGAAAGUCUGCGACCGACCUUCGAUUUAUCUUGCCACCUCGGCCAUCAUGGACGACACCGAGAGGAGGACGGCCAAGAGGUCACGCUUCGACCAGAAAGAGCCAGCACCACGGGCUUCACGCUUCGAUCGCCGCUCAAGAUCCCCCCCGCCAGCCCGAGAGAGGGAUUCCCGGAGGAGCAGGAGUCCCUUGAGGAGGGAGAGCAGGAGCCCAGCUGCUGGGGAACCUGCGAAGAAACCAUCCUUGGAUCCUGCUGCUGCUGCGGCUGCCGUCGCAUCGCGCAUUCAAGCCCAGAUGCAGGCCAAAAAAGGUAUCCAACAUGUCGACGUUCCUCCGAUUCGAUCUACUGGCAGUCCCGCCGAUGUGAAACCUCCGACCCCGAGCACAGCUAUGGAAACAGGCACCAUCGGAACAGUCAAUGGCGACAUGUACAUCGCAGAUGGAGAUUACAUCCGUGACAUCGAAGUCAAUGACCUUCGAAACAGAUACACACUGACCAAAGGCUCUACUCAAAAGAUGAUCAAAGAAGAAACCGGCGCUGAUAUCACGACACGCGGAGAGUACUACCCCGAUAAGAGCAUGGCCACAGCAGCGAAGCCACCACUUUACCUACACGUUACGAGCACGAGCAAGGUUGGCCUUGAGCAAGCCGUCGAAAAGAUUGAGGAGCUUAUGAAGCAAGAACUGCCCAACCUCAUUGACGAGAGGCGCUUCAGACGGCGAGAACCAGAUGCUGUUGAGCGUGAUGAAUUCGGCAGACGCAAAUGGCCAGAGGAGAAAAUCCCCAUCGACUUCGAACCUGUACCAGGCUUUAAUCUGAGAGCUCAAGUCGUAGGUCAGGGGGGCGCCUAUGUCAAGCAUAUCCAACAGGAAACCCGCUGCCGUGUGCAAAUCAAGGGCCGUGGUUCUGGAUUCAUGGAACAUGCGACAGGACGGGAGAGCGACGAAGACAUGUACCUGCACGUUGCUGGCCCGGAUCCCAAGGAGGUACAGCACGCUAAAGAGCUUUGCGAGGAUCUCCUGGCCAACGUAAGAGAGCAAUACGUGGAGUUCAAGUCAAGGCCACAGCCCCAGCGCGGGUUUGGUGGAGACAGAGCUCCAAGUACCGGGUAUGGAGGUCAGAGCGGAUAUGGAGACAGGCAAACCCCCGGUAGACACGACUCAUACGGUGGUGGUGGUGGCGGCGGUGGAGGAUAUGGUGGAUACAAUUCCCCAGCAGCUGCUGCCCCGGCUGCCCCAUCAGCCCCAUCUGGAGCUGCCAGCCCUGCUGCCGGAGCGGACUACGCCGCUCAGUAUGCCCAGUACUAUGGCGGCCAAGAUCCGUAUGCGGCUUAUGGUGGCUAUGCUGCGUAUGUCGCAUACUACCAGUAUUACGCCGCCCAACAAGCUGGAGCUGGCGGUGCUCCUGGUGCAGCGCCUGGCGCGGCACCAGGCGCGGCCCCGGGCGCUUCUCCAGCCUCUUAUGCACCUCCACCACCCCCGAGCGAGGCCCCCCCACCACCUCCAGGGUCUGGACCACCCUCAGGACCACCACCUGGAAAUGGCUACAAUGCGGUCCCUCCCCCACCAGGAUUGUAAGACUGAUGGUAGCUGAAUGAAGCCGACCGCCCGUUGAACCAAUCAUUACUUCUCACGUCAUCACAGGAAAUGGACCGUUUAUGGUACUGACGGGGUUGACAAAUAGAGCGGCUAUAUGGUACCACGUAGCAUUGUAAUACUGAUAGAGGCGUGGCGUCCAAAUUGAAAAGAUGAUGAGCUGAGACCAAGGGUUCGAAGUGCUUCUACUAUUGCUAUUUUGGAUGCCGACUAGUAAGUCAGACACCUGGCUAUCUGCGUCUGACACAAAUCCAUUGACUAUGCCUGACCGUGACGUCUCGAGUUCCCGACAGGGCGUGAUAUAUCCUGUGCAAGAGACAUUCAAGACGAGACCAUGAAUGCCCGAAAGAAUGCCACUGAAUGAUACGGACACGCUUGGCUACGAGUGCGUUCGCUGAAUCCGGCCUGACGCAUGGACUCCUGCGCAAGCGUCCAUUUGGACUAAAACAAAACAAUGGGGCUAGAUCUAGCAUCCCCUGCCAAAUGUGUUUUAUUUCGAGUACGAAACGUUCGUGUUUGCAAGGUUUCUAGAACAAAUCCAGGGAUCGGAAUUUGGACCCUGGACGCUAUGGCGGUAUUUUUUUGCGCGACACGACAGCAGGCAGGGGGAACAAAGGUGGGACAAAAGAUGCCCCUGUGGUGAUUUUCUGGAUUUGUGGAAGAGCACAGAAAAUGUUGUGUGCGGGGGCAAAACGGCCUUCUGAUCCAUCAUCUUAUGUAUGACACCCUUUCCCUUGAUCUAAAAUGUUUCAUACUAUACUCGACCUUGGCCAUUAGCGGCCACUUUAUCUAUGUAGUUUGUUCCAUCAUAAGGAAGAUAGAUCUUGGACAGACUUGGUAGUUAAUCGUCGUGACCAACUUUUCGCUUCGCUUAAGGUUGGAGUAAGCAAU